AUGGAAAAUCUUGCUGCAUAUCUGUUUGGCAAUGUGAAUGAAGAAGGUCAACUGGAAGAUUCUGGUUUAGAUGAAGAGGUUCGUGAGUCAUUACAAAAAGUUGCAGUUGGGGAUGUUGUAAAUCAAAUAUUUUCAGAUCAAACAUUAGGAUUUGAUGAGCAACAAGUUUCAACAAAAAAAAAUAAACCAACUCUUCAGAUUGCUCCACUACCACCUCCACCCUUACUGUUCACAAUAGAACCAAAAACUUUGUAUCCUGCAUUUGAAAAAGACAAAGUACUAAAAUUCUCUGAACUUUUUGCAACAAAAUGCACUCGAAAAAAAUUACGCGACAUUAAAAAAUAUGUUGAGCCUGUAAGUUUAGAAUUUGAUAUAGACGAAAGACAAUUAGUUGAAUCAUCAUCAUCCAAAUUAUUUGAAGAUUUGAUAGCCGAUGGAUCUAAUACGACAGAAGAAGAAUUAGCAAAGUAUUUUCCAUCGUUCUCUGAUGAUGAUGAAUCAAUGGAAUAUGAUAAUAACAUAGAUAAUAAUGAUUCUGAUUCAUAUGAUGUCAUAAUGGAUGAAGGAGAUCAACAGCAAGAAGAAAAACAAUUAAAAUGGCAAAUGCCUAAUACAGGGUCAAUCAUUGGUUAUAGGAAUUUAGAAUUAGAAAGUGGAGAAUGGAUCAAUAAUAUAUUGUGGGAUAAUCGUAAUAUAGACAAUGAUGCAUCACCAUUAUAUUCUCGAUUAAUAUUAGACAUGAAUGAUCCAAAUAUACUUUUUGAACAGCCAGUUCAACCAAAUAACCAACCACAACAUCAACAAAAACCUUCAUUAAUAUCUGAUAACACUCAAAAAUUAUUAUUUAAUUUUGAUUCGCAAAUAUUUAGGAAAAAUAGUAGGAAAUUCAGUAAAAAUUUUAUUGAGGGUGAAGAUAAAAUAAUUAAAAUUCACAAGUACAAAACUUCUGAUGAUAAUAAAGAAAAUUAUUUGCAAUAUAAUGUUGAAAAUGUUGAAAGAAGAAAUUGUAGAAAGAGACUUAAUUUUGGUCAAAUGUUUAUAAGACAUUCUUUACCGGCGCUUAAAUUACAUCCACAAUAUUUUAAAACUAAGUUUACAAAAUCUGAAAUUCGAGCAUUGCAUCGUCCAACAAUUCAAGUUCCAGUCGGAGAAGUAGUUCAUUUUAGGAAAAUUAGACGCCAUCACCGAAAAAAUAAAAGAAAAUUACGUUCUAAACAUGAAAAAAUGAAAAGACCUAAAGAUUUAUCACUAAAAGACAACGAAGAAUUUGUUUUACUUGAAUAUUCUGAAGAAUAUCCACCAAUAUUAUCAAAUAUUGGAAUGGGAAGUUUGCUUUUAAAUUAUUACAGAAAGAUUGAUUCGAAUGAUACUUAUAUUCCAGCGAAUAUUUUUGUGGUGGGUCAAACAUUUCCUAUGCAAGAAGUUCCAUCUCCACCAUCAAGAAAAGCAAAAGCUACAAUAGCAGCUCGAAUACAAGCUACAGCAUUACGACUUAUGAAAAGAAAUAGGUACCAUAUAGUAACACAUGAUCAACUGUUAAAAAGAUUCCCAGAUUAUAAAGAGGACACAAUUCGUUCACGUAUGAAGGAGGUAGCAGAGUUGGUUCGUAAAAAAGGUACUGAUAAUAAUAUACAAAUUUGGAAAUUGAAACCUUCACGUGGCGUCCCAAGUGAAAAAGAAAUAAGGAAAAUCCUUAACGAAAGUCAACGUGCUCUUAAGGAAUCCAAAUUGGCUGUGGAAGAACAAUUAGCACCAUGGAUUACGACAAGGAAUUUUCUAAAUGCCACACAAUCAAACGCCAUGUUAAAAUUACAUGGAGAAGGUGAUCCAACCGGAAAAGGCGAAGGUUUCAGUUUCAUCAGAAUUUCAAUGAAGGAUAUAUUUUUAAAGGCUGGAGAAUCUGCUAAAGAUAAGCUUGCCGAAAUAGAAAAUAAGCCAAAGAGUGGCCAUAAAUAUACUAUUGGUCGAAUUUGGAAUGCACAGUUUUCAUCACUUAGUAAACGAGAAGAUUCGACAUCUUUUAUCGAUCAAAAUAGAUAUAAUAAUGAUUUAUCUGAUAUGUUUGUUGAUAGUGAUGUGGAUAUGGAAAAUGUGGAAAUGAAUGAUUUAAUGGAAUCUGCAAUGCCAGAUCAAACACAAUCACCAGAAUCAAUGAUGGACUAUGAUGAUAUAACAUCUGUAGAUGGUAGUAUAACUUCACGUACCAAUUAUGAUUGUAGUUCUCAUCGAAACAGAGCAUUGGUGAUAAAUCGUUCGAUAAGGUCAGAUAAUGGUGAAAAAAGGUGGACAAAAGAAUAUAUAACCGAUCCUUCAGUAAUUAAUGCGUAUAUUCGUCAAAGACAAGUUAUUGAAGAACAAACAUUAAAUACUGAAACAUUGGAGCCAACCAAUGAUGAAGAAAGAAACGAACGAUUAAAAAAGAGAAUUCAAGAUCAGUUGGCUAGAUUAAAACGAAAUCAAGAGAGACGCCAGCAACGUCUGGCUGUUCGUGAGGCUAAAAAAGCUGCCAAAUUAUCUGCUGCUGGUAACGUUACUUCUGCAUCAUCUAUCGUCAAAGAAAAGAAGACUGAAACAACAAGACGAUGUGGAAAUUGUGGAGCUUUAGGUCAUAUGAAAACAAACAAGAAAUGUCCCUUAUAUAAUAGUAAUAAUAUUCCGUCGGAAUCUUCUACAACCACUGUACCAACUACCAAUAGAAUUAUUAUAAAAAUUAAUAAAAAUACUACAUGA